GGCGCGGCGCGGGGACUCCAGGACCUCGCCCGAGGGCCGGCGUGGUGCGGGGCGUGAGGAGCUCUCCCGGCACGUGGAGGCGGCGCGGACCUCGGGCCUGGCCGGGGGUGGAUGCGCGGGGCUCGCGGGAAGGGGGUCCCGGAAGCCGAAAGGCCCAGCAGCAGAGCCGAGAGCAGCGGCGGUCGGAGAGACCCAGCACCCAUGCCUCUUUUCUGCCGGGCCCUUUUCCGACUCGGAAGAGCGAGCCCUGGAGGUCCAACGGGCGCUCCUCCAAGCGGAGCCUUGGAGGGCAAGGCCGGCACCAUUACCUCCAACGAGUGGAGCCCUCCUAACUCCCCUGAGGGGAGCACCGUCUCUGGGGGCAGUCAGGCCUUGGACAAGCCCAUCGACAAUGAUGCGGAGGGCGUGUGGAGUCCAGACAUUGAGCAGAGCUUCCAGGAGGCCCUGGCCAUCUACCCGCCCUGUGGCCGCCGCAAGAUCAUCCUCUCGGACGAGGGCAAGAUGUACGGUCGGAACGAGCUGAUUGCCCGCUACAUCAAGCUCCGGACAGGGAAGACCCGCACCAGGAAGCAGGUCUCCAGCCACAUCCAGGUGCUGGCUCGUCGCAAAGCCCGCGAGAUCCAGGCCAAGCUAAAGGACCAGGCAGCUAAGGACAAGGCCCUGCAGAGCAUGGCUCCCAUGUCGCCCGCCCAGGCCAUCUCCGCCACAGCCUUCCACAGUAAAAUGGCCCUCGCCCGGGGCCCAGGCCACCCAGCAGUCUCAGGGUUUUGGCAAGGAGCUUUGCCGGGCCAAGCCGGAACAUCCCACGAUGUGAAACCUUUCUCUCAACAAACCUACACUGUCCAGCCUUCGCUGCCUCUGCCAGGGUUUGAGUCUCCUGCAGGACCCGCCCCGUCGCCCUCAGCGCCCCCAGCACCCCCGUGGCAGGGCCGCAGUGUGGCCAGCUCCAAGCUCUGGAUGUUGGAGUUCUCUGCCUUCCUGGAACAGCAGCAGGACCCCGACACGUACAACAAGCACCUGUUUGUGCACAUUGGCCAGUCAAGCCCAAGCUACAGUGACCCCUACCUCGAAGCCGUGGACAUCCGCCAGAUCUAUGACAAAUUCCCAGAGAAAAAGGGGGGACUGAAGGAGCUCUUUGAACGGGGACCUUCCAAUGCCUUUUUUCUUGUGAAAUUCUGGGCAGACCUCAACACCAACAUCGAGGAUGAAGGCAGCUCCUUCUAUGGAGUCUCCAGCCAGUACGAGAGUCCGGAGAACAUGAUAAUCACAUGCUCCACCAAGGUCUGCUCUUUCGGCAAGCAGGUGGUAGAGAAAGUGGAGACAGAGUAUGCCCGCUAUGAGAAUGGCCACUACUCUUACCGCAUUCACCGGUCCCCACUCUGCGAGUACAUGAUCAAUUUCAUCCAUAAGCUGAAGCACCUGCCCGAGAAAUACAUGAUGAACAGCGUGCUGGAGAACUUCACCAUCCUGCAGGUGGUCACCAACAGAGACACGCAGGAGACCUUGCUGUGCGUUGCAUAUGUCUUUGAGGUGUCAGCCAGCGAGCACGGGGCUCAGCACCAUAUCUACCGGCUGGUGAAAGAAUAAGAGACUCAGGGAGCAGGGAGGGGGGAAGCGACGUCAUGUGUGCAGGGACGUGGGGAGGGGAUCUGCAGGGGUGGCCCCUGAAGUGCCAGGAGAGCUGAGAGGCCAUGACUCUUCCCAUCCAGGAACAAACUGUGCCUGAACCUGCAAUGCCCAAUCCCAAAUAAACCCAAGAUGGUGUGUAUUUUCAGAGGACCUGAUCUGGCUGUAUGAGCCCUGGGAGGGACUGUGGGAGAAGGGGAACCGACUGGGAAGCAGUGCCAGAAAUCCCCAGUGGACUCAGCCCGGAACGUCGCCAGAUGCUGGAGCUCAAGACAGGCUGGUCCUCUGCUCCUGCUGAGCCCUGCGCUGUGCCACUGGCCACCCUGGGAGGCCUGAGCGUGGGCUCGUGCACUCUGCAUUCUGUGCAUGCCCGUGUGUGCACUUGCGGGGACUUGGCGCCCUGCCCCGGCCGCCUCUGUUGCCCCUUCCCCAGCACAGUUAACAGGGAAGCUCAGCCCAGCCCAGGGGUUGGAUUUGGGGCGUGGAGGUGACGGUUGUUGGAAAGCUUGGGCGGGGACACAGCCCGAGCUCUCUAGAUGGUUUCCAUCUGUCCAUCCCCAGUGGGUGUGGAUUCCAUGGUCAGGCCGGCUGCUUCGGAGUAUCUGUUGCAGAUCCCAGGAGCUUGAGACAGGGAGGGUGAGAGGGGCAGCGUGGGAGCCAGCCUGCGGAUUUUGGGUGGUGAGGCUGCUAUCACACAGCAUCCUUUGGGGAGUGGGAGGGAGGUAGAGGCCAAGAAAGCGGGUCAGAGGUCUGCAGUGGACCAGUGGUCUCUGAGACCACCCAGCUCUGAUGUUCUGUGAGUCCUCCCUGGGCUCCCCUCCACCCCCAGCCGGGGUGCCUCUGGGUGGUGCCUGCCUCGGAGCCGGCCCAGGCUGUCCACCCCCUCCUCAGACAGUAGUAGUUUCUGUGCUCCCUGUGGAUGGAGGAGGAGGUGAAGCCCACUCUGGACCUCGAGGGAACCAGUGAAGGGUUCCCUAGUUUAUCUCUUUUGAGAACUGCAUGGGCUUAGGUUUUGGUGUUCCUGGCUUCAGUCUUGGUAUGUCUAGCUGUCACCUUGGGCAAAUGUCUCCAGCUGUCUGGACCUUAGUGUCCUUUGCUCUCCCUAAAAGGGAAGGUAAUAGCACCUACCUUAGAAGGCCUUGUGAGAAAGAGAGCUAAUGUCUAUAAAGUGCCUGGUGCGAGAUGCACUAAUUCAAUGUUAUUAAUUAGUUAUCCCUCCCUUCCCUCAGGGGGGCCUGGGCCUGGCUCUUUGCUGCCAUCUAGUGGCGCUUUGUUAUCAUCCAUAACAGGAACCACAAUUCCAAAAGCCUGGAGAAGGGGAAGAAGAUUCAACCUACAGGUGUUUGCUUUGUGUCCAGCACUCAGGGAGAUACAUUGUGGGAAUACAAAAGUGAGAGAGACAGCAUUUGGGAGGUGUUAUGGAAUGGUGGUUAGGAUCAAGGACUCAAGUCAAACAGCUAGGAUUGAAAUCCCGGCACUCAGCUAAUGACUAGCUGUGUGACCUUGGGGGACAAGUUACUUAAUUUAGCCGUGCCUCAGUUUCCCCAUCUGUAAAAUGGGUAUAAUAAGAGUACCUACCUCGUAUAUGUAGAGUGCCUAGCAUAGUGCCGAGCACAUAAAUGUGUUUGGUAAGUAUUCAAUAUUAUUUAUAGCAGGAGCUCGCAGUCUAAAAAGUCAGACUGGAUAAACCAAGUGGGGUUGGCUGCUCCUCACAGACACUGGAAUUCAGAGAUAGGAGAGAGCAGGGUGCGGCAGAUCCAGGGGAGAGGUUGCGAUUGAGAGGGGCUGCCCCUUAAAGGGUUUAGAUAAGCAGAUAUGAUGAAGGCUGGCCAUGCCCCGAACUGGGCAAAGAAGCCGGCUCUCCAGUUUCCUCCCCUCACAGGUCAGGACUGCCUCUUCUCACUGAGAAGCAGCUUUAAGCAGCCGCCUCGACUGUUGCUGGACCUCGUGCAAGUCACAUAACUGCUCUGUGUGGGGCCAGGCUCGUGUCAGGAGAUGUGAUGCGGAGGUGGGGCCUGGGGGCCGGGGGUGUCUGAGCAGAACACGCGUCUCACGUGUCCACGGGCGGGAUUGUGCAAGCCGUCCCCCUCCCCCAACCCCGCUCCUGGUCACUGUCACAAGCCUUGCCCUCUCCCCCCACCUCUUCCCUCAGACUGUUUGGAUGAAGGGCACUCAUGAUGCCUACACUUCUAGCUUGACUGUGAACCUCUAGGCGAAUACGCAUGAAGAGCGUGUGAGCAGCCCCUUGGCCAUGGCACAAAUGCACACGUCAAGGAGAUGAUCUUUUGGGCUACGGGUGGCAAGGAGUCCAUGCAGAUGUGGGGGCCGGGUGUUGGCGGUGCGUUUUCCCUUUUCUUUACAGACUGCCCUCAGUAGCUUAAUGGAAAGUCACGUACUUAGAGCUGGAAGCUCCAGGCCAGUCAGCCAUGGGAAUGCAGCUAUACAUGCCUGCCCCUGCCUGGUGCAGUGCACGCUGCGGCCGUGGGGGCGAGUGGGAGCCCUGACCCGGCCCGCCUCUCCUGCUGGGCAUCCCUGACGCUCCCCUGCAACCCCAGAGCCGGGUGCCCUUCCCUGCCUUUCGGCCCUGGCACCAAAUGUUCCCCUGGCCAGUCAGGCCCCGCCCUUCCCCACUAGAGAACUGUUAUCAUUCUUCAAGGGCCGGUGUGCACUCCGGCUCACGCAGAAGGGUUAGUCACACCUGCCCUUGUGUGGCAAAAGCCUUCCGUUCCUGACCCAUGGGGCACCUGUGACAUGCUGCCAGAACAUGGGCAUCCUGUCACCUCUUCUAAUCCUCACCUAGUGGGUAAUGUGCUGUCCCCCUUUGAAAGACGAGGAAAGGGGCACAGAGAAGUGAACCAACUUGCUAAGAGUAUUAAUGCAUUUAUUCAUUCAGUUCACAGAUAUUUACUUAACUUCUGCUCUGUGCCAGGCACUGGGAACGUAUCACUGGCGAAGACAGAUGAGGUCCCUGGGGAGCUUACAUUUCAUUGAGGAAAACAAAAAUGAGCACAUGAGAGGAGGUGCAGACCAUGGCAAGUGCUUUCAAGGCAGUGAAGGGUGCUGAGAGUCACUGGGGAAGCGUCUUGGGCCCGGGGAAGGCGAGGGAAGGCACUCUGAGUAGAGGCGGGGAGGUUCAGGAACGGGGCAGGUGCAGAGAGAGGAGGCGUGUGCCAGGUACAGAGAGUGAGAGCUGCAUGGGCUAAGGUAAGGAGGCAGCGGGGGCUAGAUCCUGCCGUGACAGCCGGCCAGACUAGGGUGGGGGCCGGGGUGGGGGAUGGGCGGUCCAGCCCCCUCCGCAGCCCAACACCCCCUCGCUUGGUGAGGACUCUGGAUUUUACUCCUUGUGAAGGGAGGUCCUGGAAGUGUUUGAAACAAGGAGUAAAUCUUUUUUAUCUUUAGUCUUUUUUUUUUUUUUUUUUUUUAAGAAAUCAGUGCUGGGGCUGCUGUGGACCA